AUGACUGCACAAAACGGAUUUACUUCAAAAAUAUCAGACAACAAUCACCAGAACGAAUAUUUAUUUGAUAUUAAUUUGCUUGAAUCAAUAUUCCAAGAUUACUCAUUAAAAGAUUCGAAGCUUUGUGGAAAUAUCUACGAUGGCAAAUAUAUAGUUCGACCAUUGGGAAAGUCAGAUUUCGAUCAAGGUUAUAUUGAACUACUUCGGCAAUUAACUGAAUGUGGAACAAUUACAUACGAUGAUUAUGAAAAACGUUUUAGUGAAUUAAAAGAAUGUUCAAAUACAUAUUAUACUGUGAUUAUUCAAGAUAAAAAUGUUGACCAACGGAUUGUUGGGUCAGCAACACUAGUUUGUGAAAAAAAAUUCAUUCGUCAAUGUGGUACACGUGGUCGAAUUGAAGAUGUUGUUGUAGAUGAUCGAUGUCGUGGACAACAACUAGGCAAAGUACUUGUUGAUUUGUUAACGCAAUUUGCGCGCGAUAAAUGUGAUUGUUACAAAAUAUCAUUAGAAUGUAAAGAUCAUUUAGUUAACUUUUAUCAAAAAUUUGGUUACAAGCAUGAAGAUCAACAAAAUUAUUUAUGUCGACGUUUUGUAACUUAA